AUGCACGCCCCGAUAAACUUCAUCAUGCACUGGAUCAGAAUUGGUACGGGAUCCUUCGCCGCGCGAAUGAAUCGAAUCGGAACUGAGCACAGAAAACGCGCGAUGAGCUCGUCGACGAAGAAGUGGCUUGCCUUGGACGCCGUCUCCGGUGAAACCGCGGUGAUCAUGGCGAUCGGUGCUGGGGGGUUACUCGGAUGCGCGUACGCGAUAGGUCAGGGAAAGCCGCAUUUCGAGGCGUCAAAGAAGCGUCGAGAGGAAGAAGUCAUGAGAACGAAGAAGACGGAUGAAAACGAAAAAGAGUAG